GCAUGUAAAUUUAUGUUUAGAUUGAACUUACAAGUUUCGUAGUCGAGAAAAAUAUUUCUCUCAAUUAUACUCGUAACUAUGUACGUUAAUGCUUAUAAACAAUUAUACCUUAUAGUUCUCAAGUAUCUAUAGAUUAAUUAAUGUAUGAUAUUGAUCCUUUAUCAAGUUCGUAGAUAAUGUAAACACAUUGCAUUGAGUCGCUUUUAUUAAGAAAAAUUAAGCGAUUCCCUAAACCGAUACAGACUUUUUAAAAGUAAUAAUGUUUAGAAGUAUUUAAUAUUAAUCUGUACAAAUUGCUAGAAAUUCGAUUGUUUUGUCAUUUUAUAUAUUAAAAAAUAUACAUGUCGAAACUAGUAACCUCCUCCUGUUCGAAGUCGGUUACAAAUCGUGAUGUAAGCAACGAAAAAUGAUAAAUGAUAAAUUUUAUUACCAAUUCUGAAUUAUCUUCAUGUUUGAGAUUCUCCAUAGCUGGAAAAAUAGGAACAUUUUAGCAUUUGGAGUAAUAGGAGUGACUAGAACCUAGAACGUACUAAAAUUUAAGGUUAUGUCCUGUUUAUUCUAAAACUUUCUGUAAUUGUACAAAUAUUUAACAAAACUAUAGCGUGACUUAAAUGUGAUAUUAAAUAAUAGGGCUGAACUUUACUUUGGAGCACCAACAAUUAUUUUCUCUACAUUUUUAAUAUUGAAAUCUCAUGUUUUGGUAACAGUGCUGUCACAAAGAAUUUUUUUCUUCAAUCGUUUGAAUUUAAUUUAAGCUUUCAACUUUCAUUAAGUUACAAAUGGCUUAUAACAAAGAUAAGUGCAUUGCUUGGAUAGACACAGAGCUAACAGGAAUAGAUAUAGAAAGAGAUACAAUUUUAGAAGUUGCUUGUAUAAUAACUGAUGAAGAGUUGAAAGUAAUAAGCGAAGAAUUUAAUGUUGCAAUUAAUCAGAGUGAUGCAAUAUUGACAAGUAUGAAUGAAUGGUGUACACAUCAUCAUAAUAUGACAGGGUUAAUAAGUGACUGUCAAUCUAGUAAACUGACUCUAAAAGAAGCAGAGCAAAUGUUGCUUGAUUUCUUAAAGAAGUACAUUUCAAAAGGAACUUGUCCAUUGGCUGGUAACACAAUUUAUAUGGAUCGUAUAUUCUUGAUGAAACACAUGCCAUCAGUAAAUGAUUAUUUACAUUAUAGAAUUAUUGAUGUCAGUUCACUGAAAGAACUCGUCAGGAGAUGGAAUCCAGUGAUUUAUAACAGCACACCUAAGAAAGAAUGCGUACACAGAGCCUUGCCGGAUAUAAAAGAAAGUAUACAGGAACUAAAAUAUUACAAGGAGAAUAUAUUUUUAUCUGGAGUCCCUUAACGAUAAUUUGUAUUAGUUUGUAUUUAAAUUCAAUAAAUGUUUAAAAAUUUA